AUGUCCAGAAAGACAACAUCUAGAGUCAAAUGGGCCCUUGCUGGACUCGGAGCAGUCGCGACUCUGUUUACUUAUUUGUAUUUGACCCGCGAACGGGACGAAACCGGGACCGAAACGGAUACCGAUCAGUUGAAGUCUAGUGCACAUCGAGUCAUCUUAGUAACAGAAACUGUUUUUAAAGAUUAUGAGAAAUGGAGAGGGGAAUUGCAAAACGGAUGCGUCCUUGUCAUUCCACCGAAUCGUGAUUACGAUUCGGUGUUGAAACUGGAGAAUCCCAAGUACGAAUCUCAAAUCAUCAAAUGUGAUUCCAUGACAGGAGUAUGGGCCGUUGUACGGCAUUUGCGCAAACCGUUAACAUUGGCAAGUGAAGAUUUGGAUAUGAUACCGGACGAGCUGUCAAGGUUCGUGGGGGAAAUCAUUGAGUUUACGAGACAUGAACGCUGA